AAAAAAAACAGUCUCCUAUUUUGAAUGCAACAAAUAACAAUACACACUCUUUCAAAUCACUAACCCUAGGUACCAAUUUCCCCAAAUUCCACCAUGACAGAACCUCCACCGGAACAACCACAACCACUACCACUACGCCUCCACCCCCGCCGCGAACCAUUCGAACACGGCCUCAUUCCUUUACAAAAACUCAUCUUCACCGACGCUACUCAAACCCUAACUUCUAUCCGCGACAAAUUACUCCAAUCUCCUAACACACACAACCGAAUUAACUCUGCAAUUGUUUCCGAAACCCUACAGAUCGCACCGGAACACGCGCGAUUGGUUAUUGAUACCAUUGCCUCGGUUUUGUACUCGGAUUCGGAUCCGCUUGUUGUUGCCAAACCGGAUGAGGUGGAUGCUGUUGGUGUUAAUGUGUAUGAUUUGGUGAUUUUUUUGUAUGUACAGUCGUAUAAGCGCCUGCUUGUUAAAGGAGGACAUAAGGAUUCUGCUGCGGUUGCGGAUGUUUGGCCGUCUACGUCCGCCUUUGAUGGAUUCUUGUCAGCGCUUACGCCGUUGCAGCUUGUGCGGAGCAAUAGCAGGAGGUCAAUGCCAUCACAAUCUGAUGAGGAAGCUCAUCAAUUAUCUUAUUUACAAAAGCAUAUAGGCAAUAUAAUCUCUCUUUUGGCUGACUCUGUGGAAGGUGAAGGCGAAGAAUCAUUGGUUAUAACAAUGGAUAAGUUUGAGCAUCUUGCGUUUUUGAUCUACUUUGGCGAAAAAGGAUUGGAGAAAACUCCAUUGAGCCAAAACGCACCGUUUUUUGCGAAUUCAGAUUCUAGUAUGCCAGCUGUCCCUGUUCCUGCAUCUCAGGUUCAUGAUUGGAUUUUACAAAAUAUUUCUAAUGCAUUGGAUCGAAUCUCUGAAAGAGCUGCUGCAAAAGAAAACGGUCAAAGUCAAACCAGUCCUGACCAAGAUGUUUUAAUGACUGAUGUCUCUCCUAACUUUAAAGCAUCCACCAGUGGUAAGGGUCCCAGUUUUAUUGAGGGGAUUUCUAAACAAUCAUAUGUAAAGCAAGCACAUGAACUUAAGGGAUCCUUUGUAAAGGUUGUAAACUGUCAUGAAUCUGUGAUUUAUGUCUUGGCUCCUUUGAAAUAUGCUACUGUAUAUGGAUGCUCUGAUGCUACUAUAGUCCUCGGGGCUGUUGGAAAGGCUGUAAGAAUUGAACACUGUGAAAGGGUUCAUGUUAUUGUAGCUGCAAAACGAAUAUGUAUUGCUAAUUGUCGGGAAUGCAUAUUCUUUUUGGGUGUAAACCAACAACCACUUAUUGUUGGUGACAAUCAUAAGCUACAGGUGGCACCGUAUAAUACGUUUUAUCCACAAUUGGAGGAGCACAUGAAGCAAGUAGGAAUUGAUGUUACUCCAAACAGAUGGGCCGAGCCCAUUGCACUAGGCCUGGUUGAUCCACAUGAUAAUUUGUCUCAUCCAGCUGGCGUAUCUGAUUGUCAAACUGAGUCAGCACACCACCUAGAUCCUGAUCAGUUCACAAACUUUUUGAUUCCCAACUGGUUAGAAGGUCAAGCAUCUGGGCCCACAAAAGAUAAUCCAUUUCCACUACCGGAUGUCUAUUUGUCAUCUCAACGAAGAAAUGAAAAUAAUCUGGUUGAGGUUAAGCAGAUACUGAGAGAAGCACCCCUGGAAGAUAGCAAAAAGAAAGAAUUAUCUAGUGCACUUCAUGUGUAUUUCAAAGACUGGUUAUAUGCAUCUGGGAACAUUAGACAAUUAUAUUGUCUGCAAGGUGAGUAGAAUUGUGAAGGUGUAGUUGCAAUCAAGCAAAAGAUAUAAAAUAAAACCCUCAGCCGUGCCCGAUUACCAUUUUGCUCUUUGUCUUGGUGCUGCUACAAAGUGAUUUUUGUUGGAAACAUGCAUCUUUGUUCAGUUGAAGGUGAACCUGCAGUUGGUUAUCAAUUAAUAGCAGUUGUUAAUUCUGCAUUAUUAUUUUGUUUAUUAUACAAUGUCUGUUGAUAACAAAGUCAACAGUAAGCUGUAAUCCAUUAUAAGCAAUUUUCAUGUAUUGGGAGUGUUUAUAAACCAACACAAUUACUUAAACCGAAACAAGUCGGCCGAUUUGAGAUCUAAAUGAGUUGGCUCACGGCUCAGUUUGGCGGUUUGCUGGUGUAAGGCUCAACCCGAUUUGUAACUUUUAUUAUUUACAGAUAAUCUUUUUGUUUCCAAUA